AUGAGUAAUUCAAAAUCACCAAAACUUCGUAUUGGAAAGUUAAAUAUUAUUAAUGAACCUGAAGUAGUUGAUUCUAUGCCUAAAACAACUCCAAGAAAUCGAAGAUUAUUUACAGAUCCAAAGAAGACAAAUAAAAUAGAAAAACUUGAAAAAUCAAUUCGAGACAAAGGGUUAUAUGGAUUUAUUAAAAGCCCUCGAUCUUCAAGUACUAGCCCAAGAAAUAAUUCUCCUCAAUUUAAAAAAAUGGGGGAAUUAGAUUGUUCUUUGUUUCCUUUACAAGAAGAAGAAAUAGAGUUUUGGAAAGAAUUAAUGUCAAAUUUUCAAAGUGAUACACCGUCAAGUAUUAUUGAAUAUUUAAUUAGAAAAGAAUUAGAUGACCCUACUCGUGAAUCUAACGUACUUUCCAUUUUAACAUAUUAUAGUGAUAUUAAUAAAUUAGCUAAUUUUAUAAAUUAUAUUGUGUUAAGAGAAAUUACAGCUCGCUGUGAAGAUUUAACAAAUAACAACACUGUCUUUUCAUCAUUUUUCUCAAUCUUAUUUUCUCUUUCAGGUAAAUAUUUACAGAUGGAAAUGUUAUCAAGUGUUCUUAAGAAAUGUACAAAAUAA